AUGGCCCAGCUCGAAGCAACCGACGACGCGAUCGAGGCGUUCAACUCGCUGCGGCGAGCCGGUGGCGGCGCGUUUGUGACUUUGGUGCUCGGCGAGAGCAUCACUCUCGGUGAGACGCACCUGCCCGGUCCGGACGGGCAGACGAUGGCGUACGAGGAGUUUGUCAACUCACUCCGCGACGACACGCCGCGGUUCAUCUUCUACAACUUUGCCUUUGAGACGACUACCGGUGGCUCACGGCUCAAGGUCCUGCUUAUCAAGUGGGUGCCUGGGCGGACGACGCGGGUUGACAAGAUGCGGUACUCAAUGUGGUCGUCGUCGGUCAAGGCGGCCUUCAAGGGUGCGCACUGCACCGUCCAGGCCAAUGGCGUCGAUGACCUCGACUACCUCACCGUCCUCGAGCGGGCGGCCAAGUUUGAGCGCGAUCCAGUCGUCGGCCUCGCUUAG